CAUCAGUGUGAAAUCAGGGACGAGUGAGUCACCCGCACGUCCCCAGAUCCGAAGCGCGUGACUUCUUGGAUCACAUGACUAAGGAGGACAGAUGAGAAGCUAUUCUACACCAUGAACACAAUAAUAAGAAUGAAUGCCCUUGUCGCACUUUGCCAUUUCUGUGAACUCCAUGGCCCUCGGACCCUGUUCUGUACUGAGGCCUUGCACCCUCCGUCCCCCUCUCCCCCGCAGCCUGGACAGUCUAUUUCAGGAGAGAGAGAAAGGGAUGCAGAUAGAGAGGGAGAAGGACUCACCAUGAGAGCCCACAGCUCCGCCACUCAGAGGGCUGACAUGUGUGAGGGCUGUAGGUCUCUGCCUGCAUCUCAUCCUGGUUUUGUGAGUGUGGACAAUGAGACGGGCAUCCGCUUCCUGAGUCACCAGCACCCUAGACAACCUCAGCUCUUCAGUGUGGUUCGACAAGCCUGUGUACGGAGCCUCAGCUGUGAGGUCUGCCCUGGAAGGGAGGGGCCCAUCUUCUUCGGUGACGAGCAGCAUGGCUUCGUGUUCUCCCACACUUUCUUCAUCAAGGACAGCUUGGCAAGGGGCUUCCAGCGAUGGUACAGCAUCGUUAUGGUUGCCAUGGACCGAAUCUACCUCAUCAACUCGUGGCCCUUUCUGCUCCGUCACCUCCGACUCACCAUACAGAGCCUGCAGAGCACGGCACUCAAGGUGUUUGACAGCGAGCAGUGUGUAUGUCCCCAGAGGGCGGUGCGGAUGAACAGCGCCUUUUCUCCGGCGGUCUUCCCCCACCAGAGGAGUGGGAACGCCGCCCGAUCCCUGUCCUCCCUCACGCAGCACCCCAACUUGUGGGAGAGCCUCCACUCCUCGUUCAGCUGGUUGCUGAAGGCUUGUGGCAGUCGUCUUACAGAGAAGCUCUUAGAAGGAGCCCCCACAGAAGACACGCUGGUACUCAUUGAAAGACAGACAGAACAAGAGGAGGAGAGGAGUGUGUGGGAAGGGGCUGAAGGGGGAGGCUCUACUCCUCCGCAGUUUGACGACUCCAGAGGGGAAGAUCUACCUGGGCCGAAGUUCAAGUCCCUUAGACAUUUAAGACAGGUCCUUGGAGGGGCAGAGUUCCGUCAACUGGCCUGGCAUGUGCUUAUGGGAAAUCAGGUGAUAUGGAGGGGAGGCAAUCCAGUCCUCAUCCAUUCGGCUUUCAGCAUGCUCAAGGCAUUGCUCCCUGUGGGCUGUGUGCGCUCUGUACCCUACAGCUCCAAAUACGAGGAAGCAUAUCGAUGUAACUUCCUGGGCCUUAGCCCAGAUGUCCCCAUCCCCGCCCACGUCAGCUCAUCAGAGUUCUGUGUGCUGGUGGAUGUGGCGAAUGCCGACAGAGGGUCCCUAUAUCCAGUGGUGUGCGAUGAUGACAUCCUCUCGCUGUACCAGUUCAAUAUCAGCAGUGCCAACAUGCAGCCUACUGACAGAGGGCCUGCCCUGUUGAAUAAGAUUGAGGCAGCUCUGUCUAAUGAGAAUCUCUCUGUGGAUGUUGUGUCCCACUGCCUGCUGUGUCUGAAGGAGGAAUGGAUGAACAAAGUGAAAGUGCUGUUCAAGUUCUCCAAGGUGGACGGUCGAGGCCGUGAGGACACUCAGAAGGUGCUGGCCCUGUUGGGAGCCACGGGUCCUGGAGAAGAGGACAACGUGCGUCUGCUGAAAUUCUGGAUGACCGGACUGAGCAAAACUUACAAGAGCCAUCUGAUGACUGCUGUCAGAGGAGGGGAGAGGACGCCCAGCCAAUAGAUAUAUAGAUAGAUAGAGAGAGAGAGAGAGAGAGAGAGAGAGAGAGAGAGAGAGAGAGAGAGAGAGAGAGAGAGCACAUAGAAAACUGAGUGACACUCAAAUCUAACAAUUGUUGAUCACAGUUGGGGGUGCUGUGGUACCAAUUAGCAAAGCAGAACAAUUCUUUUUGUUCAGAGUUUGUUUGAGAAAGACGUAGAGGACAACAGUUAAGAAUAACAGAAAAUGUGGAAAGUGGAGACAACAAAACUGAGUGGAUCAACUGUUUUUAUAUGUCUAAGGAGAAUUUUAGUCAUCUGGUUUGAAAGAACAAAAAUCUACCUGUUUUCUGUUUCAUUGUGUAUUGUUAAUGUGUGGUGGCAGCAAAAAGUUUUUGUCUGAAUAACAUUGCUGGUCACAACUGAAAGGGAAUGCUAACUAAAGCAGCUAUUUUAUUCACAUGUUUAUUACUAAAUUAUUAUUUUUACUCCCGUAAGAGUGGAUACGGGUAAAAAUGUAGAGACUGUGCCUAUAAAAUGAAAUGGCAAAAAUUAUGCCCCUUUCCUGCUAGCUGUUAUUCUUGCCCUUUUGUUCUUCUGCUGUGUCAGCAACACCGUCUUACAGGGGGUAUUUUGAUUGGCUGAAAUGGAGAGGUUUAUGUUCUUUGUUACCCCAUACGUCUGUUACAGUGUUUGGCAGUAAGCCAAACAUGGAGCUUAAUUCAUCUAUAGUGAAAUGUAUUGCGUAAGGUGACUGUUCUUAACUGCUAUUUAUAAUAAAAAUGACCAAUUCUGACGA